AAAUAUGUUUGAUUACAAAUUGUCAGUUUUACUCAAAUCAAAACAAAGCAUCUAUCAAAGUUAUGCCGUUUUCACGAGAAUUAUCUUCACUUCCCUUGACUCUUUCACAGCAAAAAUGUCUUUCCGAGAAAGGUUUUCUGAUGGUUAAUGAUAUCAAUAAUUGCGACAGUGUGGAAUUAAAUAUUGUGGAACUUACUAAAGCUCCAGCAACUAAAACUGCCUUCCAACUUUUUGAGGAGGAAAAGAAAAUGAGAGAAAUUUACAGCUUUUUAGAAAACCUUGAUGACCUUUUAAAAGGUGUUUUACGACCUGGUUUAGUUACUGAAUUUGUUGGACUUCCUGGAUCAGGCAGAACCCAACUUAGUUUACAUUUAUCGAUAAGUGCUCAAAUAAUAGAAUAUUCAUUAUCCGCAGAAACAAUCUAUAUUUGUACAAAUAUGGACUUUUCAGUUUCAAGACUUAGAGAAAUAAUUCAUAAUUAUAGGAACAAAUGUAUUCACUUCAAAGAUUUCAACGAGGAUGAUAUUAUGAAGAAUGUUAAUUUCAUCAACAUUAUGUCUAUUAAAGAAUUACUUGAAUGUUUGGAAUAUCUUAAUGAAUUCAUGAAGAAUAAAAGUAAUGUUUCUUUGGUUAUUAUUGAUAGUAUUACUUAUCCUCUACGUUUUUGUGAAAAAAGUGAGAAAACAUCUUAUAUAUCAUCGAUAGUAACUCAACUGAGAUAUCUUGGUGAACUUUAUAAUUUUGCAGUUCUACUUACCAAUGAUAUGACAACAAUCGUUGGACCAAAUGGAAGUGAAGUGGUGCCUUCUUUGAGGGACACGUUUUACCACAUUAUAAAUAAUAGAAUAUUGCUGUCUCAAAAGAACAAUAAUUUUCAAGCAGAAAUAUUGAAGUGUUCAACAAAAUUCCCAACAAAAUGCAGUUUUAAAUUUUUGGAUGAUUUAACAUGAAUAAUUUAUUACUAAUAGUUGUAUUACACUUGCAACUUUGGUUCGAUUAAUGGGAAUCUUAAGGAAAAAGCUAUAUUGAUCAACUUAUAGCGUGGAAUUCAGAAGUUUUCAAGUAUGCAAUGAAAAAGUUUCAUUCUCAUUCCUCUAGAGAGAAAUAAGGUAUUCUAUAUUUUAGGUUUUAAGAAAACUUUGAAUGUUUUUUGUAGACGCACAAUUCAUUAUUUAAUAAUAAUUUAUGAGAUAUUCGAAUAAAACAACCAUUUUAAUUUUGUA